AUGCCUAAAACCGCAUCAGCCGUGUCCAGCAUGGAGGUCCUCAUUCUCAACACAGGAGGCACAAUCAACAUGAUCCUGGGUCAGCGUGGCUAUGUUCCCGAGCCAUACUUCCUCACCGAGUCGCUUCGCACGCAAAACCGCUUUCACGAUCCGCUUGAAGAGUCCUUGUUCUCGCAUUCGUCUUCGGCGCAACUCCCCAGCAUGAUUACCCCGCGAAGCACCGCGCCUGGCGGCAUACAGAAGCGCGUCCGCUAUGCUGUCCUUGAGUGGGACCCUCUGUUGGAUAGCAGCAACAUAGAGAUCACAGAUUGGAUUCGGAUUGCGACCGAAAUUGAACUCAACUACGCAGCUUUUGACGCUUUCGUCAUCCUGCAUGGAACAGACACCAUGUCUUACACGUCAUCAGCUCUGAGCUUUCUGUUGGAAGACCUCGGAAAGACAGUGAUUGUAACAGGUGCCCAGAUCCCUUUGUCUCAACUUCGCAACGACGCUGUGGACAACCUCCUCGGGGCAUUAGUGCUCGCUGGCCACUACAUCAUCCCGGAAUGCUGUCUGUUCUUCAAUCAUACGCUAUACCGUGGCAACAGAGUGUCAAAGAUUUCAUCCUAUGAUCUGAACGCCUUCGCAAGCCCCAACUUCCCUCCGCUCGUAAAUGUGGGCAUCGACAUCGUCGUCAAUUGGAAUGAUGUAAUGAGGCAGACCAGUCUCAGACGCUUCAGGUCGCACAAAGCCACCCUGCGCCUCUUUCCAGGCAUCACAGCAGCCACCGUCCGCGCUUUCCUAGCGCCCGAGACACAGGGUGUUGUCCUCGAGACGUACGGUGCGGGCAACGCCCCACAGCGGUCCGACCUCGUCGGCGCGCUCAAGGAGGCCUGCGACCGCGGAGUCGUGAUCGUAUCGAUUUCUCAAUGCGCGAAGGGGUCCGUGUCCGACGCGUACGAGACCGGACGGAGCCUGUUGUCCGCGGGCGUGGUGAGCGGCGGGGACAUGACGCCCGAGUGCGCCCUGACGAAACUGAGCUACCUCCUGUCCAAGCCGGAGCUCUCCUUCUCCGAGGUCCGCGCCCUGGUCGGCACGCCCCUUCGCGGUGAGCUCACACGCCCCGUGAGCGUCAUCCCGCCGCGAUCAGCGAGCCAAGGGCAUCGACAGCAACCUCGAGAGCAUCUCAGGGGUGCUCUCGCAGGUAGUCCGGCUCUCCUCCGGCCAGACCCACGCCAGACGCGGAGGAACAUCGCAAUCGGCGGGGGGCUCGUCAAUUGCGUUGAACCGGCGAGCAGGCGGUCGCCGUUGCACUCCGCUGCGCUCAAUGGGAGUGCGGGGGCACUGGUUCAUCUACGCGAUAGCCUCGGGCAUACGCCAUUGUACUAUGCGGCGAGGCAGGGGCACGAGCAGGUGGUGGAGGUGUGGUGA